AUGGAUCCAAACCAACUCAACUCUUUCUUCAAUUACUUACAAAACUUUCCUCAAAUUCCAAAUACCCAACAAUCUCAAACCUCAAACACUCAAGUUCCAAAUCAAAACAUCACACUACCAAAUACAUUUCAAAAUCCAAAUCCACAAAAUCUUUCUAAUUUCAAUUUUCAAGCUCCUUAUAAUAAUCAGUUUCCUAUAUUCCAACCGCAAAAUCAAAAUUCACAAACACCUCAUUUUCCAUUUUCAUCCAUAUUUAACCCUUCUAUCGGAAAUGUUACUCCAACUUCUUUGCCGUUUCCAACUCAAUUCAGUGCAUCAAGACAUAACUCAUCUGGUGUUGGUGGCUCUUCUAACCCAUCUUCUCAGACUCCUAUACAAUCUAGUCCAAAUUCGCAAUAUUCCGAUUUUGCCAACCCUCGUGGAUUAGAUGCUAUCGACCUCAAUGAUGAUGAUAUUGAAGAUCGGAGGCAAGAUAGUAUUCAACACUGGCAUUGGGAAGAGGAUGAAAUGUUGAUCAGUGCGUGGUUAAAUGUUUCAACUGACCCUGUAGUUGGUACCGAUCAAAAGGGAGAAACAUUUUGGAGUCGAAUUCAUAGCUACUGUGUAGAAUUUUGCACCGACAUGACAAGGGGGAUAGUUGCAUGUAAGAAACGAUGGUAUAAGAUCAACAAGGCUGUUGCACAAUUUGCUGGUUGCUACGAUCAAGCUAGUCGAAACAUAAGGAGUGGUUCGAACGCUGAUGAUAUAAAGGAGUUGGCUUAUAAACUUUAUUCCACAAAUUAUGGUCAAAAGUUCACUUUUGAGAGGCAUUGGAACAUGCUUCGGUUGGAGCAAAAAUGGAGAAGCCAACUACCUACACAAAGUGGCGGCUCAAAGAGAACCAAAGUUAGUGCAACUGGAGCAUACUCAUCCUCAUCAAACCCAGAAACACCGUUGGCUGACGAACCCGGUGUGGACUCUCCCGUUCGCCCACAAGGAUCAAAGAAGAGCAAGCGAAGAGGUAAGAGAAAAGCACAGAUGUCUGAAGAUUUUAGCGAAAGAAAAUCAUCGGUUGUCAAAAAAUUAUCUCUCAUGGAAGAUAUUAAGAAUGUUAGAGAAAAGGAACUAAUGGAAAGGGAAAAAGAAAGAGAAGAGGAGAAGGAACAUAGAGCAAAGAUGAUGGCAAUCAAAGAGAAGGAGAUACAAAUUCAAGCGGCAAUGAAAGAACAAGAAUUACAAACUCAGAGGUAUAUUAAAGAAAUGGAGAUAAAAGCAAAAGAAAGGGAAAUUGAUAUGCAAAUACUUAAUGCUGACACGUCUACAAUGAGUGAGAAACGACGAGCUCUUCAUGAGAUUGCAUAUUCAGAAGAAGAAGGUAUCGAUAGAAGCCCUAUCCCAAUUACUCGUAGAUGGAUCAACAGAGAUCGAGAAGCAGGACAUGAUCGCCUUUUUCAAGAUUACUUUGCAGAUGAACCGGUGUAUAAUGCUGACAUUUUUCGACGGAGAUUUCGAAUGAGAAGAGAUGUGUUCCUUCAGAUAGUAGACGCUCUCUCAAACGUCUAUCCGUAUUUCCACCAGAGGGUUGAUGCAACUGGAAGAAGAGGCUUGUCGCCACUUCAGAAAUGUACCGCUGCGAUACGGAUGUUAGCAUACGGCGUAGCAGCUGAUGCUGUUGAUGAUUAUGUGCGCAUAGGCGAGAACACUACAAUUGAAUGCUUGGAAAAAUUUGUUGAAGGUGUCAUUUCUGUGUUCCAGGAUGAAUACUUGCGAAAACCCAAUCCAAAUGACGUACACCGCCUGCUACAAAUGGCGGAGGGUCGUGGCUUCCCUGGCAUGUUGGGUAGUAUUGACUGCAUGCAUUGGGAAUGGAAAAAUUGUCCAAAGGCGUGGAAAGGUAUGUACAUGAGUGGUUAUCGUGGGGUUGCAACCAUUGUACUUGAGGUUGUAGCAUCUUCAGACCUUUGGAUAUGGCAUGCGUUCUUUGGAGUUUCUGGUUCAAACAACGAUAUCAACGUGUUAGAUCGUUCUCCAGUAUUUGAUGACAUUCUAAAUGAUCGUGCUCCGAAGGUAAAUUAUACUAUUAAUGGUAAUAAUUAUACAAUGAGAUACUACUUAGCAGAUGGUAUUUAUCCUGAAUGGGCCACAUUUGUCAAAUCAAUCUCAAAGCCACAAGGGGAGAAACACAAGUUAUUUGCACAAUACCAAGAAGGGCAAAGAAAAGAUGUGGAACGAGCAUUCGGAGUGUUGCAAGCACGCUUUGCAAUUAUACGUGGUCCAGCUCGUUUUUGGGAAAAGAAGAAGCUUGCCAACAUAAUGAGAGCUUGUAUUAUAUUGCAUAAUAUGAUUGUUGAGGAUGAAAGAGACACUUAUGCAGGAAAUUUUGCUCAAGGCUUAGAGUAUGAUGAUGUUGAAAAUGGAUUAUCACAACCUCAGCUGGGAGAAGAAGAUUUUGCACCAUACCAUCAAUUUCUCCAAAGAAAUGCCCAACUUCGAAAUAGGCAGCAGCAUAGACAAUUGAAAGAGGACUUGAUUGAACACAUAUGGCAAUUUCACAAUGCUUGUCGUCAACUGUAG